GGAGGCUGGCGGAAGUGAAGAUCCAGAGAAGUGCAGAAGUGAAAUAGUCACAUUUUUAUGUUGUUUUGAAAAACCUAGUGAGUUUUCAAAAACUAUGAGGAAAAGUCUCAGGACAGGAGCCAUGCAGCCAGCAGGCUUCCAAAUGGCCGUCCAGGCAGGGGAGACGGGCCAGGAGACAUUGUCUCUGGGGACAAGAAGAUCUGAGAGCUGAUCUGAUGCAUUCAUAUUUGACAGACCAGUUAAAGGAAGUAGUUAGAAAUGGUGUACAUAUAAAAGAAAAGUAGAAGAAUAAUAAACAGGCGCCUCUGUCCUCAACCCCAGAAGUCACCCUGGAGUUGUUUGUCUGCCUUCGUUGUGUUUCUCUCCAGAUGCAGUUUCUGGAUCUCCUGAAGGCUGAUGGCCCCAGACAGUCUUGUCAUUGCCCCCUGCACUGCCUUGGAAAUCUUGGUUUCAGGCACCCCCUUGGAUUCCUGUCUCCUGUGCUUCCAGCAGAGUGACCCUGCUCCCCACACCGGCUUCCUCCAUGCCAUUGUCUCCCCUGGGGCUCAGACUCGGGCGUCCCUGCCCUGCUCAGGCUCCCCCUCCUGAUCCUCCGAGCCUCUGCCUCCUCCCAGCCACUGGGCAGGCUGGAAAUGCCAUCGUGGGAACGGUACCUGAUGGUCUUGUGUUGCCCUUAGUGUUUCAUUCACUAAAGCGUAAGCCGCGUGAAUACGGACUUUGUUGUCUUGAGGCCACCCACACAGUGCUUGGUUUAGAACCACUCAGGUGUAGGAUCAGCUUAAAAAGAUAAGCUGCUGGCCUCAGGUCCGAAGUGGGCAUGGAUACUGUGAGGCAGGCCUGCAUUUCUCAAGGCUCGUCACUCUUCUCUCUUCUGAGGGGACUUCCGCCGUAGGCUCCCCACAUCACCCGUGUCCCCUCUCUUUCACUCCUAGCGGAUGACCCUCCGUCAUGCCUCAUGGAAACAGUGCAGUCUGAGGGGCUGUGCUCUGUCCCCCACACCUGCCCUCUCCAUUCUCACAGCAGCUCCUGGCUGUGCUCCGCACCUCCCUCCCUGCCACUGGCGGCCGACUCUCCCUGGGGCAUGUGGUUGUGACUUCUAGGCCAUCUUUUACAGAUCCCACUGACUCCACUUCCCCUUCCCCAUCCACAGCUCCUAGUCUGCUUCCUCAUGGCACCCAAAUGGCCUUUAAACCUGGGACCUCCUCGUCACUUGCCCUUCCUCUCCUGCCAUGUGAGGCCACCCUGGUUCUGUCUCCUGUGCUGGGACUGCUCACUUUUCGUUCCGUGAUUUCGAGCUCGGACAUCAUUUCCACCGUUGAGUUUAAUUACUCUGGAGAUCUUCUUGCAACAGGAGACAAGGGCGGCAGAGUUGUUAUUUUUCAGCGUGAACAAGAGAACAAAAGCCGCCCUCAUUCUAGGGGAGAAUAUAAUGUUUACAGCACUUUUCAAAGUCAUGAACCAGAAUUUGACUAUUUGAAAAGUCUAGAAAUUGAGGAAAAAAUUAAUAAAAUUAGGUGGUUACCACAACAGAAUGCUGCUCAUUUUCUACUCUCUACAAAUGAUAAAACUAUAAAAUUAUGGAAAAUAAGUGAACGGGAUAAAAGAGCAGAAGGUUAUAACCUGAAAGACGAAGAUGGAAGACUUCGAGAUCCGUUUAGAAUCACAGCACUACGGGUCCCAAUAUUGAAGCCCAUGGAUCUUAUGGUAGAAGCGAGUCCACGGCGAAUUUUCGCAAAUGCUCACACAUAUCAUAUAAAUUCCAUUUCAGUAAAUAGUGAUCAUGAAACAUAUCUUUCUGCAGAUGACCUGAGAAUUAAUUUGUGGCACUUAGAAAUCACAGAUAGAAGCUUUAACAUCGUGGACAUCAAGCCUGCUAACAUGGAGGAGCUGACCGAAGUCAUCACCGCAGCCGAGUUCCACCCACACCAGUGCAACGUGUUCGUCUACAGCAGCAGCAAAGGGACCAUCCGACUGUGCGACAUGCGCUCCUCGGCCCUGUGCGACAGACACUCCAAGUUUUUUGAAGAGCCUGAAGAUCCCAGCAGUAGGUCCUUCUUCUCAGAAAUAAUUUCAUCCAUAUCUGAUGUAAAAUUCAGUCAUAGUGGGCGGUACAUGAUGACCAGAGACUACCUGUCGGUGAAGGUGUGGGACCUCAACAUGGAGAGCAGGCCGGUGGAGACUCACCAAGUCCACGAGUACCUGCGCAGCAAGCUCUGCUCUCUCUAUGAGAACGACUGCAUCUUUGACAAGUUUGAGUGUUGCUGGAACGGUUCGGAUAGCGCCAUCAUGACCGGGUCCUACAACAACUUCUUCAGAAUGUUUGAUAGAGACACGCGGAGGGAUGUGACCCUGGAGGCCUCGAGAGAGAGCAGCAAACCACGCGCCAGCCUCAAACCCAGGAAGGUGUGUACAGGGGGUAAGCGGAAGAAAGAUGAGAUCAGUGUGGACAGUCUGGACUUCAACAAGAAGAUCCUGCACACGGCCUGGCACCCCGCGGACAAUGUCAUUGCCGUGGCUGCCACCAAUAACUUGUACAUAUUCCAGGACAAAAUCAACUAGGGACGCGAACGUGAGGACCGUCUUGUCUUGCAUAGUGAAGCCGAUCAUUUUUCUGUCAGAGAAAGGCGUCAUCGUCCACUCCAUUAAGAACAGUGACGCACCUGCUACUUCCCUUCACAGACAUGGGAGAAAGCUGCCUCCUCUGGAGGCCCGGUGUGUUUCUGCCUUUGGCGAGGCGCGAGGCAGGCGCUACUGCUCACAUGGAGACGCUCUCGAAGCAGAGCUGACGGACACCGCUCCCAAAAGGCCAUGACUCAGAAUAAAUGUAUUUAUUUCAGUCCGAGCCUUCCUUUCCAAUUUAUAGACCAAAAAAUUAACAUCCAAGAGAAAAGCUGUUGUCAGUUACCGCUCUUCCUCUGACUUUCCCUCUUUCUCUGCCAUCGCACUUGGGCCUUCACUGCAGCGUGGCGUGGCCACCGUCCGUGUCCUCUCGGCCUUCCUCUGAGUCCGGGUGGGCUCCGUGUAUGUGUGGAUGUGGCCCGAGCAGGCUCAGGCGGCCCCACUCACCCACAGCAUCCGCCGCCACCCCUUCGGGUGUGAGCGCUCAAUAAAAACAACACGCUAUAAAAAGUGUUUCUAAAUCCAAA